AUGUACAGACAAAGCAGAAAUACUGACUAAUGGUUUUCAAAGAAUUAGAAACUAGCCUAGACCAUAGAUCCUAAUUUGCUAACCUAGCUUGGUCCUGGCAAAUAUAACACUGAUUCUUAAUAAGCCCUUUCCAAAACUAUUUCAUUUAAUUUUGGGAAGGUGCCAUUUGGGUCUCAAGAAAACAGAUUUAAAGGAGAUAUCUAUUACAAACCUGGCCCAGGAGAGUAUGAAAAAGACAUACAAGUAUACUCUAAACCUGAUUUGUCAGUAAUGACAUCUAAGAAUCAUAAAGCUACAUCCGAGGCUCAAUAGGCAAAGACUUUUUAUUCCCAAAUGACUUCAUCCUUCAAAUCUAAAGAACCUAAAAUAUCCCUUUACUAAGACAUAGAGAAAAAAGAAAAUGAAAAUCACAUUUAAAAGAGCAAGAAAAAGAAGUAUAUUAUGAAGUUUAAUGAUUAGGAAGUUGAUGCUGAUACUCUGAAUCAAGAUAGACUUGCCAAUAAACAAGGAAAUCUUAAAAAAGGAUUCGCUUACAAAGAAAGUUUGGGAUUACUAUCUAUAAAUGACAGCAGUGAAAAGCUAAUCAAAUAAAAGUAAAUGAGAUCGACCACAAAUGAUAUUAAAAGUUCAAGAAUGCCUGAAAUUAAGACAGGAUGUAUGGCCUUAGAUAUGGGUCCGGGAUAUUAUGAUAUUAAAGAUUAGGUGUUGCACAGAAAUAUACCUUAAAUGACAAUACCUUCCACAGGCAGAAAUUAAUUUAAGUCAGUUUAAAAAUAGAUGGAAAAUUAUCUGUCGACAAUACUUUCUGGGAAGUAAUCAACUGGUCUUUUCACUUCAACAAAUAAUACUGUAUAAUAGAUGCUGAUUGAUGAAAGUAACAGAGAAAAGAACAGUAUAGGAGAGAAUAAUGCAAUUCAGUAGCACUCUAUGUUCAAAUCAAAUACAAGUAGAUUGAAUUAUGUUGACAGUAAGGAUCUUCCAGGUCCAGGACAAUAUAAUCCUAAGGAUCCUUAAUACAUGAAAAAGAAGCAAAAAAUUUAAAAGUUUGGAGCAAUAGCAGCUAGAGAAUCAUUGAUAGCUAGAAACAUAUAAUUAUCUCCAUUUAGAGAUCCUACAUAUAUCGAAAAUCCUCCUCCAAAUAAGUAUUACAGAUCAAGGUCUACAGAAAAUCCUAAGAAUAGAUAGAAAGGAGUUAAAAGUAAUUUAAAAUCUAAUGCAAAUGAAACUACUCAGGAUAAUCAACAAGUAUCUAGUCUUCUAAUAGAGCCCUAAAAAUAUGAGAAAAAGGAUAGGGAUAUUCUAAAUACUGUAAAUAAGUAAUUAGUAAUUAAUCCAGGGCCUGGUUAGUAUGAUACUGAAGUUCAAGAAAAACUUAAACUCCUUGAUUAUCAAAUUUCAAAUAGAUAUUAAUAAAAGCCUUUUGGAAGUUCUAAGCCAAGAUUUGAAGAAGUCUCUUAUUCUGAUAUUAAGGAUGAUCCAAAACACUAAACAAGUGGAAAAUUCUUUAGCCAAUAAGAUGAAGGAUUCAAAUAAAAAAAGUAGACCUUAAAAGAGACUAUUGAAAAGAUACAAGAACAAGAACAAAAAAGAAGUAAUGCCAUAUUCAAAUCUAAGACUAGUAGAUUUGAAGAAGCAAAAAUAUAUGAGCAACCACCAUAAAUGAAUAUCAAUAACUGGGAUUUUCCUCUUGAAGUCUAAGCUAAAAUAUUGGCAUAAUAGAAAGCUUUUAAUGACUCAAUAGAGGGCUAAUUGACUUAAAAUUUCUAAAAUAAUUCUUAAAAUCUAAUGAGAAAAUAUGAUCCAAGAAUCAAACCUGCAUUCAACUCAUAAAGCCCAAGAUUCGCUGAUGAAAUGAAAAGGAUUCUAACUGAGACUCCAGGUCCUGGAUAAUAUGAAGGAACUAUGGCUUAAGGCUAUAAAACUCAGUUAAGCUAGAAUUCUGUAUUCAAAAGUAUUCCAAGAGAUGUUCAAUCUUAUAUCCCAUCUUAGACCGAAGAAGGUAAAAGACUUGGUCCUGGAGCAUACAUCUAAGAAUAACCAUUCCUAAAAAAGAGCUAUAAUGCAACUUUACCACCCCAAAUCUUUCACUGA